AUGAGGGAACCGCAAGAGGGGAGAGGCAAGGCACAGGGUGAGGCUGCAGUGGUUCACGGCAGCCACUCCCUCCACGUCACCUCCCCCUCCACAGCCGCAGUCGCAGAAGGGAAGGCGACGGGGGAGGGGGGAGGGAUGGAGGGAUGGGCGGCAGUGCGGCUGAUGUUGGCGGACGUCCCGCCGUCACCCCCUUCCCCCCUUCCUCCUCCCUCUCAUAGCAUUCUGCCGCCACUCUCAUGCCCUCCUCCCUCUCCCCACCACAGCGACUGCCGCUGCACCCGCGAACACGGCUUGCUGGCGGGUCCGUCGGCGGGCUUGCUGGUGUUCUCGUUGGCGGGUCCGACGGCGGGUCUGUCGGCGGGUUUGCUGGCUGCUGGCGGGUCCGUCGGCGGGCUUGCUGGUGUUCUUGUUGGCGGGUCCGACGGCGGGUCUGUCGGCGGGUUUGCUGGCGAGUCCGACGACGGGCUUGCAGGGGGGUCUGUCACCAAGCUUGCUGGCGGGUCUGGUAGCGGGCUUGCUGGCGGGUCUGUCAGCGGGCUUGCUGGCGGGUCCGUCGGCGGGCUUGCUGGCGGGUCCAUCGGAGUUAUUGCUGGUCCGUUCCUGGCGUGCGCGUUGGCAUGUGUUGCUGGUAAUGAGCGGGCGAAGGGCUGA